CGGCACCGCCCCUACCCCGUGACGGUCCCGCCCCGGCGGUAACAGCGGGAGCGGUGGCCCCGCUGGGCGCGGAGGAGCCAUGGGUUCCGCGGCGGAGCUGCUGCUGCCGCCGACACCGCCACAGCCGCUCGGGGAGUGCGAGCGGGAAGCGCUGGCAGCGCCCGCCCGGCACCGGAGGCGCCAGGAGGAGCAGGUCCAACAAGGACAAAGAAACCACACUGCAGAACCUGUAAUAGAUGACUAUAAAAAAAUGGGGACUCUCUUUGGUGAACUAAACAAAAGCCUCAUCAGAAUAGGCUUCACAAGGAUGUACUUUGGAGAACGGAUAGUAGAACCUGUAAUAAUUAUAUUCUUCUGGGUCAUGCUCUGGUUUCUUGGCCUACAAGCUCUUGGACUGGUUGCUGUUCUGUGCCUUGUCAUUAUUUAUGUACAACAGUGAAAUUUUAUAUAUGCUGUUCGCAUAAGGUAUUUCAACACUGUCACUGUGUCAGUGGAUUUAUGUGUUUAAGUGAAAGGGUGGCACAUCAAAAGCUGCAAUGCUUUGAAUUGCAUUUCAUUGAAAUUUCAAUGUUUGGGAUGAGGAGGACUAAAUUGAUACAUUUUAAGCAGUCAGCAGUGCCCUACUAUUUCUUUGAAGGGCAAAAAAUGACAUGUUUGUAAUAUAAUGGUGUCCAGCAUACUGUUUUCUGCAUUCUUGGGGCCUUAGUCCAAGGACUGGCUUUUUGUCAUUGCCCUCUCCCCCUGCAAUGUUCUUGCUAGUAUAUUCAAAAUUUCCUGCCUGGUUUUACAAGGGCACUCGAUGUGAGUGUCCUGUUUCAGUGUUGUGAGGGGCUCAUGUGCUGUUUGUCCCCUGAAUCUGCCUAACUGGCUCUUUUUUCGCUGAAGAGGGAAAUCUGCACUAGGGAGGUUUGCUAACAAACAGACCUACAAUGACAAAUGGUCAUAAGGUGAACGCAACUUCCUGACACAAAAGCAUCUUUGGUUAGUAUAGUUCAUAACAAGCUUUCCCUUCGGAAACAAGCUAUGCCAGCAAAAUUCUUUUAUGCUAAUAUUAGUAGCUUCCCACAAGGCUUCAGCUGUUGUUCAGGAGGAAUCACAGUCCUGUGUUGGGCAAAUGGUCUAAUGUAGCUCUGCCUUGUGUUUGGAAAUGUACUGCUCCUGCUGCUAUUUUUGGGUUUUUUUUGUUUUGUUUUUUUUUAUACUUGCUAGGUCCCCCAGCCUUCCUGCUGAAGAUAAAUAUCUGGAUAAUUCAUGGACUUUGUAGGUAGUUACAGCUGCAGUGUUGGAGAGCUGCCAUUCCAGUUGGCAGUGCUAGAUGGAAUAUUGUCUGCUUCCUCUGGGUCGCGUGUGAAGUGUCUGAGCAUCCAGACAGAUAUCAGAUCAGAUCUCUUAAAACUUCCCUGAUUUGCUGCAGUGUGGACCAAACACGAGCUGGAAGCCUUGUGUACAUAAAGAAAUCAGACCUGUUUCCUCAUGCAGGGCAAGAAUGUAGUUGAAAUCAGGUGGUCAUUUUAUGAUGAUUCAUUGUCACACUAGACAGCAAAAGGGCAUAUCUGUAGUUGCAUGUCACAGGUAACACAAAUGGGAGAAUAGAAUAGAAUCA